GCGAUUAAUUGAUAAGUGUACGGAUUUUGGUAGAGUUCAGUGCUACGAUGAGCUCCUAAAUUGCAAAACGCAUUCCAAAUCGAGACUCUGACGUGAGAAGACCUGCGAUUUGAUCGAGUUCACGCCAAGUGUGCACGCAAAACGCGAUAAUUCGGCAAAAUAUUCCGGAAUUUUUUUUCGGACAUUUUUCUACGAGAAUUCUUUGUGCACGCAGAUGAAGGAGCGACUGUGGAAAAAAAAUGUAGAAAACGAAAAUAAAAGUGGAAAUAAUCGAAUUAGGCAAAUUUCAAUAAAAUUUACAUCGUCAAGUAGUGCUAAUGGUUAAUUGGUGAAAAAGAAAGGAAAAAUUGAAUUAUUACAAGAAAAGAAGCGAAAAAAAUAGAUGCCAGACACAAGUAAAAAAAGAAGUAUUUACAAAGUUUAUACACACGCCCGUGUACAAAACUAGAGAAUUGUUUCUAAGAAAUUGUGUGUCUCUGGCGCAUACACAAACAAAUAAUAAAAUAAAAAAAAAGUGUACCUACGAAAAUCUUCGAAGCAACAACAUUUAUGAAUAAAAGUAAUAAUAAAAAAUAUACACUUGUAAUUGGAAGCCAAAGUUUGUUUAUAUAUAAAAAUAUAUAUAAUAAAAAAAAGUAAUCCAAGAAGAAGAAAAAAAUAAAGAAAUAAAGUUUUAAUAAGGAGAGAAGAAAAAAAAAACGCAAACAAGAAAUAAAUAUAUAAAGAAACGACUUUAUUGAUAAUACAGCAAAAGUGUGUAAUAUAAAAUAAAAUAAUAAGUAAAAAAUGUGCAAUAUGUGUGUUUGUGUACUGUUGUAAAUUAUUUAAUAUGUUUACUAACUGCGAGAAGUGAAUAAUAAUCGUAAAAUACAAGAAAGAUGUAGUGAUUGCCAGUUAUUUCGGAUCAAAUGCAAUAAAAUUAAUAAUAAUAGCGUCGUCAACGAUUUUUAUUGGGCUAUAGAAGAAAAGCAAAAUUAUUCUAUCGCAAAAAAUCCACACAAUUUAUCAUUGUGCCAGGAAAGAACAAAGCAACAAAAAAUUGCCAGUCAGUCAUAUCUUCGUAUUCGUAGCUGACAAGAAGAAGAAGAAGAAAAUACACAAAAAAGAAGAAAACCGAUAAACUCCUCAUCCGCCUUUUUCUCGUAACUCGGAAAAAGUAGAGGAAAAGAAUUUUUAUCACAUAGAUUUAAGGACAAUUUAUGCAAUAAACAUGAUUUUAAGAAUUUUAUCAGUAGUGACAAUCGUCUUGCUUGUCAGUUGUCAGGCAACAUGGGCCGACAGCAGCGGAAGUUACUAUUCGGGCGAUCCCUCAUAUCACAUGACGUCGGGCAAAAAUCCGCGAUGCGAAGAAAUCACAAUCCCAAUGUGUCGCGGCAUCGGUUACAACUUGACUUCGUACCCGAAUGAAUUUUCGCACGAUUCGCAAGACGAAGCUGGCAUGGAAGUGCAUCAAUUUUGGCCCUUGGUCGAGAUCAAAUGUUCUGCCGACUUGAAAUUCUUCCUGUGUUCGAUGUACACGCCCAUCUGCCUGGAAGAAUAUCACAAACCGGUGCCAGCGUGUCGUGGGGUUUGUGAAAGAGCACGCGACGGAUGUGCUCCCAUCAUGGAGCAGUACAACUUUAAUUGGCCCGAACGCUUUAAUUGCGACAAUUUGCCGCUGCCCAACAAUCCGGACUACUUGUGCAUGGAGAAACCGAGUCACUUGGAUGACGAUGAGUCGCCCGCAACGACGCCAUCGUCGUCAGCGACGGCAACGCGCUCCCCCAAGAAGGCCAAAUGCACAAAGAAGAACCAAAAAAACUGUGUAGGCAACCCGGUGGAAACAAGUGCAAAAGAGUGCGAUUGUCACUGCAGGAAUCCACUAAUUCCACUGGGUCCGAAGGAUCAUUGGUACAACACAAGUGUCGCCAUCAUAAGAAACACCAUGCAAGACGUAAAAAAUUGCAAGUUGCCGUGCAAGAGCCCGUUCUUCACGCCGGAGGAGCAGGAGUUCGCGGGACUGUGGAUCGCUCUGUGGUCAGGCCUUUGCGUCAUAAGCACUCUAAUGACACUCACCACAUUCCUCAUCGACACCGAAAGAUUCAAGUAUCCUGAGAGACCGAUUGUCUUUCUCAGUAUGUGCUAUUUCAUGGUAGCAACGGGAUAUUUGAUGCGAAUCUUUAUCGGACACGAACAUAUCGCAUGCGAUGGAACCGGAGUAAAUGCUGCCAUCAAAUAUUCAUCCGUCGGGCGAAAUCCAUGCACUUUGGUAUUCUUACUGAUUUACUUCUUUGGCAUGAGUUCGUCGAUUUGGUGGGUAGUUUUGGCAUUUACUUGGUUCUUGGCUGCUGGACUCAAAUGGGGAAACGAAGCAAUCGCUAAACAUAGCACAUAUUUCCAUUUAGCUGCAUGGUUGAUUCCGACAAUCCAAUCUGUCUUGGUUUUGCUCAAACCAGGCGUAGAUGGCGAUCCUGUUGCUGGAAUUUGUUACGUUGGCAACACAUCGAUGGAAAAUUUAAAGAAUUUCGUUUUGGUGCCGCUUUUUAUUUGUCUCGUAAUUGGCACAACUUUCCUCAUGGCUGGUUUCGUGUCACUUUUCCGCAUUCGUUCGGUAAUUAAGCAACAAGGAGGCAUCGGCGCCGGUUCAAAAGCGGAUAAAUUGGAGAAACUCAUGAUUCGCAUUGGGAUUUUCUCCGUUUUGUAUACCGUGCCGGCAGUGAUGAUUAUCGGAUGUCACUUGUACGAAGUUGCAUAUCACGAGGAAUGGAUGUCGAGCAUUGCGUGCCCGUGCGCGACGAAAAAUGGCAUGAAAUCGAUGCCGUUGUACUCGGUUCUCAUGCUGAAGUACUUCAUGGCACUCGCAGUGGGCAUUACGUCGGGUGUUUGGAUCUGGAGCGGCAAAACGCUCGACUCGUGGAAGCGAUUCUGGAAGAGAUGCUUCGGCGGCGGCAGUAAUUCGUCGCAUCAACAACACCAUAUCCAGACAAAUGAGGCACUUUUGAAGGCAAAUCGUGCCCCGUUGCCUCAACCGUAUGCCGGAUCGACAGUUUCGCAUCAUCCGCAACAAGCAUCGACCGCAGCUACCUCACUACUUGCAACGCCAUACGGACAAACGCUCGGAAGUGUCGCGUCAAAUUCGCACCAUCAUUUGCAUCAUCACGUGCUCACGAAGCAAGCGACGAAUUUGAGUCACGUAUGACAUGAAGCCUCAAUUCCGUCGGGAUCCGUGGUUGAUCAUGCCGUUGUCGUCACAUCGACGGGACAAGCCUUGAGCGACUACGGACCCAUCUAAGUGGUGAGAUUAAUCAACUUUUUUACCCCUUUUUCUACUCUAAAUAUUUAAUAAUUACAUUUUAUUAUUAUUAAUUAACGAAGACAGCUACGAAAAUUAAAAUUAAUUACAUUUUAUUCCUAACUAAAAAUUCACGGCUGCUAACAAAUUUUAACCUAAGCAUUUCGAAAAGUCAACAAAAAGACUUUUUGCAUUUUUUUGUAAUUUAUACAAAAAUUUUAGAGCAAUUUUAAACAUGAAUUAAACUUUUUUAUUUAGACGCGAUCUGCCAAAUUUUUUAAAAAAUCAAUCGACUCCCGAAACAAAGUCUAGUCAAAACAUAAAAAAUUGACUGUUUCGGGACUCAACUUGCCUGUAUCGAAAAAAAAUUAGAAAUAACCAAAUAAAGAUACAUUUUAAUCAAUUUUGAGGCAGAGCUCUCUCAUCUAGUCCAACACACAAAAAAAAAGUAACAAAAUAUUUUAUGAUAUAAUUAUUUUAUUAUUA